UAAUUAGAUUUUAAGUAGCUGAAGUUAGGAAAUCUAAUAAUAUUGUUAAUCGAAUAUAAUUCAGAAAUUAUUCAGAAUUUUAUAACUUACUUAUAUAUACAACUUUAACUGAACAAAUUUAUUAAAAAUAAAUAAUUAUGUUAAAAAAUCGAGAGUUUUGACUGAGAGACCGAGAAUCUCGAUCUCGUCGAGACUCUCGGCAUAAUGGUCUUGGUCUCGGUCUCGGUCUCGGUCUCGAUCUCGUCUCGAUGCCGAUACCGAGACCGAAACGAGACCAGUCUCGGUAUCGUCCGAAACACUGAUGUACAUUUUUUCGUUAUCUCAGACGCUCAACACGGUCAGUCCAAUGUGAGUAAAAAGAAAACAAGGAUAAGCGCUAGAAAGCACAGUCUAAAUGUUAAGAUCGACGCACGAAAUAUGGAUAUGAGAAACCCUAUAUAAAGGCAUCGUCAUACGUGGCCCCGUCAAAAAGAAUUCGACUUUUGAAUUAAAAACAAGUAUUCGACGAAGUGUUCGAGUUAUACAGAGUAUCGAAAAUAUGGCGUUCAAAGCAUUUGUGAUAUGUAUAAUAGUUGGUUUGAUGGUAUUGACAAUUUCAGCGGAAUUCUCAGCGGAUCCGCUUGAGUCAUCGGAGGAAGAAAUGUGUCCAGAGAGCGAGUCAUUUUUUGACGGCUGCAACGUCUGCUUGUGUUACAAAGGCAUCAAAUUUGGCUGCACCAAAGGACCGUGUCCUCUGCCUCAACUGAUUCCACCAAGUUACGAGUUAUUUAGAAAUAUCGCUAGGGCCAUCGAAAAGGUAUGUGCUGAGAGAAACCCUAUUUCACAGCUGCAAUGUGGAUAUAUGUUCAAUAAAACAGUACCAGCGGGUGCAUUUCAGUAGUAUUGUGUCGUCCGGUCAAUCCAAUUCCACCGCCUGCUGAUUUCUGGCAAACGUAAAUGUAACUAUACAUUUAAACUUGCUUAAAAUACGCAUAUAAUUGUGUGUAUUAGUUAACAUGUUAUUAAGCGAUUAACCAAUAUGUUAUAAAAUAAUUGUAAAGUUUAUAUCAAUAUUAUU